AUGGAAGCACUCGAAGUCGGUGGACCGACACAAGAACUGAUCAAUAGUAUUUGCAUUGAGAGCGGAGAUUAUGAACUUUGCAAAGAAAUCAUUCACAAACAUUUAGACACAAAAACAACUAAUCUCUUAGAUCUCACCCAUCUGAUAUUACGCAUCGCUACUGAACACGCAAGUGAUACAUAUGUUUUCAUCGGUAAUAUCUUGCGUGAACAUCCUGAUCCUGAGGAGACGACUGGUCUCAACACUUGUCUAACGGCUUACACUGACGAAACCACAACUUUCUUGAAAGUACGCCAUGAGUUUUGUCGGGAAGAGUACGAACGUAUGAUCAUAGACAUUUUAUCCACAAGAAAGAUCUUGAAAAGAUGCAGGACCGAUUUUCAGAUUCCUCUGAACAAGAAGAAGCUUUUGAUUGAGAAGAGCAGAGUGAUGAAAAUCUUGAUCACCAUGUCUGCGGUUUCGGGGUAUAUGGUGAAAAAUGGAAAUGGUUAUUUGCUUAACUCACUUGCUACCGAGCCUUGCUUUUUCAAUGAUCUGAUCAAUGAGAAGCCACAAGUGAUCCAAGAAUACGAGUCUGGGAAGGCAAGGCUGGUCAGUUGA